AUGUUGGACAAAUUGGAUGCAUUUCGGAACCAAACGGAAAAUGGUAACGAGAAAAUGGUACUUGCGAAAUACUACAAGAUGACUGAAAACCUUAAUAAAACAACCGUCUUGACUCAGUCUACGGGAACUAUUAAUUUCGGUGCCAAGAUUUCAUUGCUUGCACCUCAUGUAUCAGUUUCAAACACUACUAGUGCGGAAUUUAAGGGUCUCUUUUUGGGUGGUCGCAUUUCGGCUGAUGAAAUACUGUACUCACAAGACCUCCGCGAUGGAUGCUCGGUGGUAGCUCACCAGGAUGUGGUGCCACAAGAAAAACACACCUUCGUGAUAACCAGUGCCGAUUACUGCAAUCGGGAACACGAAGUUUUGAAGUAUAAUCAGGAAUUUCUUCUAACUCUCUCUAAAACAGUGAAGACAAAGCCCCUUUAUGUGAGGUUCGACCCGAACCCAAUCCCAGGUUUGUGCGGAAAGUUCCCGUUGUUCCUGAGCGAGCACGCGCUGUCAAGCACGCGCUGGCGAAUCCUGCCCGUCCAGAGGCCUAACAUCUCUCGCUUUGAACAGAAUGGAAAACCAGUCCCUGUAAAUGAAGACAUUAUAAUAAAUCAUUGCGCCACCAAUAUUAAUUUAGGCGUGGACACCGGGAAGUGCGAAUUGGGAUUCUACGGGAGAUUUUUCGCUCCCACGAUGAAAACCUGCUUAGACAUAUUUGGGCGCGAAUUGCCGAAUAACGUUUGGCAUAUUCACAUUCCCAUCGCCAAAGACUGA